CCGGGGCGCGUCGCAGACGAUGAAACUGAGGCACAGAGAGGUUAAAGAACUUGCCCAAGGUCACAUAGCUGGAAAUGACUUAGAGGCCUUACAAUUACAUCUGUGCAUUUUUUCUUCAGACUUUACAGUUGAGGGCCAACUCAGUCUGGAAGCACCUCUUAAUGUUACAAGGAAACCGCUACCUCAGCAAACAAAAGGAAAGGAGGAGAAGACUUAUAACAAAUGCUAUUUUUUAAAAAACAAAAACUUGUUUUCAGAAAAUAGUAAAGGAAAUUUGGAAAUUUUUCACUUCGAGAAGAAGCUUUACAGAUAAAUGGAUUUGGCAGGCAGGCUCUGUCAAAAUUCUGCAGAGGUUUGAUCUUCCUUCUUAAGGACUUAGUGUAAAGUAAUUCUGUACUGCUUUUUAAAUUGCUGUUGAUCAGCUUGUGGGUUUUUGGGUUCUAACUUUUCUGGUAUAUUGAAGAUAAAUUAUAUUACAUUUUUUUAAAGUUAAGUUAUUUUUCUGCCAUGAUAAAUACAAAUAUCAAAAUAUUCUUGCAAAGCAAUUAUAAGUAAACAUUUUUCUCAGCAAGCGUAUCUUUUUAUUAAGAGAGUGGAAUGCUAACAGUUCUUACACAGCAUUUGGACACACUUUUAUUUUUUGUCAGAGGUCCUGCCUACACUGAAAAUAUUAGUUAUAUAAACCUGUUGUCCUCAUAUCUACAUUGGAUCACAUGGUCACCUGCCUCAUGGAAAUGCCUUUCUUAAAACUUAUAUUUGCAGAACUCCACUAUUUUUAUACCUAGCUACAGUUUUGGGGAAAAAAGAGUCGGAACCCUGACCUACUCACGGUCACUGGGACAAUUCCCUCUCCCGCAUGUAUUGCUGCAGUGCCCAGGACAGUAAAAUGGACUACAAGCGGCGCUUCCUGCUUGGCGGGUCCAAGCAGAAGGUGCAGCAGCACCAGCAGUACCCGAUGCCCGAGCUGGGCCGAGCACUGAGUGCUCCCCUGGCAUCUACGGCCACCACUGCCCCACUGGGCAGUCUGACCGUUGCAGGCAGCUGCCACCAUGCCAUGCCCCACUCCACUCCCAUCGCCGACAUCCAGCAGGGCAUCUCCAAGUACCUUGACGCUCUCAAUGUCUUCUGCCGUGCCAGUACUUUCCUCACGGAUCUCUUCAGCACUGUGUUCAGGAACUCUCACUACUCCAAGGCAGCCAUGCAACUCAAAGAUGUGCAGGAGCACGUCAUGGAAGCAGCCAGUCGACUGACUUCAGCCAUAAAGCCUGAGAUCGCCAAGAUGCUGAUGGAACUGAGUGCUGGGGCCGCAAACUUUACAGAUCAGAAGGAAUUCAGUCUCCAGGACAUUGAGGUAGCGUGUCUUAUGUGUCAUACUUGGGUAAGAAAAUGUAUCCCAGAGGUAUUGGGGCGAUGUUUCUUGACCGUGGUGCAGGUUCAUUUCCAGUUUUUGACCCAGGCAUUACAGAAGGUCCAGCCUGUGGCUCACUCUUGCUUUGCCGAGGUGGUUGUGCCAGAAAAAAAGAACAGCAACAGUGGUGGCGGCUUAUCUGGCAUGAGCCACACACCCGAACUGGAGGAAGCUGUGCGAUCCUGGCGAGGAGCUGCUGAGGCAACAUCUAGACUGAGAGAAAGAGGCUGUGAUGGCCGCCUGGCAGGAAUCGAAGUUCAACAGCUCUUCUGUUCUCAAAGUGCAGCAAUUCCUGAGCACCAGCUAAAAGAACUGAACGUAAAAAUCGACAGUGCUUUGCAAGCAUAUAAAAUAGCUCUGGAAAGCUUAGGCCACUGUGAAUAUGCAAUGAAAGCUGGUUUCCACCUGAAUCCAAAGGCGAUUGAAGCCAGUUUGCAGGGCUGCUGCAGCGAGGCGGAAGCACAGCAGACAGGGCGGAGGCAGACCCCCCCACAGCCCAUGCAGUGUGAGCUUCCCACUGUCCCUGUGCAGAUCGGAUCGCACUUCCUGAAGGGUGUCUCCUUCAACGAGUCAGCUGCUGACAAUCUGAAACUUAAAACGCAUACAAUGUUACAGCUGAUCAAGGAGGCAGGUUGCUAUAAUGGAAUCACACCAAGGGAUGAUUUUCCUGUGACGGAAGUACUGAACCAGGUGUGCCCAUCCACAUGGCGAGGCGCCUGCAAGACUGCCGUGCAGCUGCUCUUUGGCCAGGCUGGACUGGUGGUAGUUGACACGGCACAGAUAGAAAAUAAAGAAGCUUAUGCCCCCCAGAUCAGUUUAGAAGGCUCCCGAAUCGUGGUUCAAGUCCCAUCCACAUGGUGCCUGAAAGAAGACCCCGCCACCAUGUCCCUGCUGCAGAGAAGCCUGGACCCCGAGAAGACCCUGGGUCUGGUGGACGUGCUCUACACGGCUGUGCUGGACCUCACCCGCUGGAGGGCAGGGAGGGAACAAGCUUUACCCUGCAUACAGAUCCAGCUUCAAAGGGAAAUCUGUGAUUUUGGGAAUCAGGCUGACCUGCCUUCUGGAAAUGGAAACAAAUCUUCAGGUGGCCUGCAGAAGACAUUCUCCAAACUGACAUCCCGGUUCACUAAGAAAGCAUCAUGUACCAGUUCUAGCAGCAGCACAAAUUAUUCCAUCCUAAAUACCCCUUCGAAAAACAUCUUCAUAGCUGGGUGUUCAGAAGAGAAGGCGAAAGUGCCCAGUAAUAUUGAUUCAAGGUUACAAAGCAUUUUGAACAUUGGUAAUUUCCCUAGGACUACAGACCCUUCACAAUCAGCUCAGAAUUCCAGUAAUCAAAUGGCCAAUGGUUUUCUCAUGGAGAGGCAUGACAACUUUCUGCAAGCAGAUGAUAGCAAGGACGAGAAGGGUAUGAACUUACCAACUGAUCAGGAAAUGCAGGAGGUGAUAGAUUUUCUCUCGGGCUUUAAUAUGGGCCAGUCACAUCAGGGCUCCCCAUUAGUGACAAGGCGUAAUUCUGCUGCCACAGCCAUGGUGACUGAGCAGAAGGCAGGAGCCCUGCAGCCACAGCAGCCACCACUGCCAGUGCCCCCUCCACCGCGGCCUCCCCAAGCUGGGGCUCACACACCUCUGACAGCCCAGCAGGGCCUGGCACAUCAGCAGCAGUCCCCAAAGCAACAACAACCCCAGGUCCAAUACUACCAACACCUGCUCCAGCCCAUUGGACCACAGCAGCCCCCGCCCCAGCCUCGGGCUCCUGGGAAAUGGGUGCAUGGCUCAUCCCAGCAGCCAACACAGCCCGUGGGAGCGGGUCUGUCUCCUCUUGGCCAGUGGCCUGGCAUAUCUGAUCUCAGUUCUGACUUGUACAGCUUGGGUCUGGUGAGCAGCUAUAUGGAUAAUGUGAUGUCAGAGGUUUUGGGGCAGAAGCCACAGGGACCUAGAAAUAACACCUGGCCAAACCGUGACCAAAGUGAUGGAGUCUUUGGAAUGUUGGGAGAAAUUCUGCCUUUUGAUCCUGCAGUCGGUUCAGACCCCGAGUUUGCACGCUAUGUGGCAGGAGUGAGCCAGGCAAUGCAGCAGAAGCGGCAGGUUCACCAUGGUCGCCGCCUAGGCAACCCCCGGGGACACUGGCCACCCAUGGAUGAUGCCCAUCGGACCUGGCCUUUCCCAGAGUUCUUCACAGAAGGGGAUGGCCUGCACAGCGGUUGGUCAGGGGCUCAGGGAGACUCGGCCAGCUCGAGUGACGAGACGUCCUCCGCCAAUGGAGACAGCUUGUUCUCCAUGUUUUCAGGGCCUGACCUCGUUGCUGCUGUCAAGCAGAGAAGGAAACAUAGCAGUGGAGAGCAGGAGACCAGCACGCUGCCCUCACCGCCUCUUCUUACCACAGUGGAGGACGUGAAUCAGGAUAACAAAACCAAAACGUGGCCACCCAAAGCACCCUGGCAACACCCUUCCCCGCUGCCCAGCACACUGCCUAGCCCAAGUGCACCACUCUAUGCAGUCGCCAGCCCUGGCAGCCAGUGGAACGACACCAUGCAGAUGCUGCAGUCCCCAGUGUGGGCUGCGACCAGCGAUUGCAGCGCCGCCUCCUUCACUUACGUGCAGACCCCUCCGCAGCCUCCGCCCCCACCAGCGCACAAGGCAGCAUCCAAGGGCUUCAAGGCCUUCCCCGGGAAGGCUGAGCGCAGGCCAGCCUACUUGCCCCAGUACUGACCCAGGCUAGCCCACCUGCCCUGCCCAAAGCUGUUGGAGCCAGCGUCCCCACCCCAGGGCUGACUAGCUGGUACCAGCCCUCCGGAGGACCAGUGUACCCCUGUCCCAGGCAGGGAUCCUUGGGGAUGGGGGUCGUUGGCAGCUCUAAGCCUUUAAGGCCUGGCUUCUCAAACUUUGGAGGCAUCAGACCCCUGGAGGGCCAGCUGAAGACAGAGGUCUCUGACCCUCCUCAGAGACCUGGGGAUCGUCGAGCUUAAUAAGCAUUUCUGGUGAUUCUGAUGCAGGUAGGCCACAGGCCACACUUUGAGAAACACAGCUCUCAAGUUUGUAGUCCCACACUGUUUGUGCUGGGAAGACAUCAGACCUGAAGGCUGAGAGCAAAACUGACCAUUCUUCUGCAACCUUCCCCUUUUCCACCUUUAACACUUUGAGUGAUGACCACACCAAUCACUGUUAUUUUAUAGCUAUUUUUCAUAUAGGUUUUUAGUUAAAACAUCUCUUGCCUAAAAAUGCAUUGACUAUUUUAAGAUAACAAAUUUAGUGGCUGGAGGUUUGUUCAACACUAUUUUUAUUUAAGCUUAUAUAAGAUGGACAACUUAUAGAAUAUUUGUGAUCAGAAGCAAUCACCUGGGUUUUCUGUGGGUGGGCAGCCCCCCACCACCCCAGCAGCACCCAGGGAGUGCAACCUUUACCAGAUUUACAAAAGCAGGAUCAUAAAACUGAUGUUGGAGGCAUAUUCCUGAUGGUGCAUGGAGAUGAGCCAGCUGGCUGCUGUCUGUGUGCGGGAUAAAGCUAUGCCUGCUGCCCUCAGAUCCUGCCACACAUGGCCAGAGGCUUCAACACAGUCUCAAAACGGAGUGUGGUUAAGGGGCUGCACAGAGACACCUGCACUUGAAAUUGCAGUAACGUUUAUGAGCUGGCUCAAGACAAACCAAUUAAGAUGUAGAUAGAAAUUAAAGUAUUUUCUUUAAAAAAACAAAAACCACCUCAUUUUCAGUUAACAUGUGCCAUUAAAUAGAUAACAUCCUGUGGAUUUAGGGAUAUUUUCCAGCCAGAAUGGAUCCAGAAGAAGUGAAUGGUGCUUAAAUUGAGAAAUAAUAAUAAAUAUAUCUAUAUAGAAUAGACAUAUCCCACUGUAUAUUAAUUGAGGUUACAGAAGUUCUUUAUAUAAAACUUAUUUAAAUUUUUCAUAUUUCAUCUUUGAAGAAGUCUAAUUGAGAAAAAUCCAUAAUAUUUUCUGGUAUGAAAGUUUGACAGUAUUAAUAUUUUUUUUAUAUUUUCUUAAAUCAUUAAACCAUUUUAAUAUAUGUUAACUACUAAUAAAUGGUUUAUUCUUUCUAACUCCAUAUAAGCUUUUCCAGCAAAGAUUGUAAUAACACAUUUAUGUUCUCAUUUUUCUACGGAUAUAAGUAAAUUUAUAUUUAAAAAUACCAAAAAGAAGAUAUAUAUAUAUAUGUAUGUAUACACACUAAUUAUAGAGGACCCCUAGGGUGUCUGAGCCCAGCCAUCUGAAUUUUCAGUACUGUGUCGCCAGGCUGUCUCCAGGCCUUGGGUGUUGUCUUGUGCUGUGUGGGGAUGCCAUUGCUGCCUGUACUUAUGAUCCUUUCACCGUGGGUUCUGAACAUUCACCUCACCAUGUUUACAGAGAACCGUUCUGUACAUAGACCUUUUCAGGCACGUGCUCUGCACCAACCCUGCGUGGCUCUUGUCUGUGUUAGCUGUCACAGUGUGUGCACUAAUCUCUGUUAAAAUUGUUUGUGGCUGUUUGACUUGUAAGAUAGUGUUCUAUUUCCUUUAGUAACGUGUUCACAGUACUCUGUAUUUCCAGUUCUAUUAUGCUGAAGUACUCUUGUUUUAAUAGUGCCUCCCCAAGACCUCACCCUGGUCAGAGGUCAGUCCUUGAUGCCCCAGUGCAGUUGACAUUGACAUCACUAAUUGUCCCUUUCUAGUCUGUUUUUCUUAAGACAUUUUGUAAUUGCAUCUCCAUGAGCUGUGAGAUUGUAUGAAGCUGUUUGUGUGUGGUCUCCUGGUAGGUGCUGUGUUCUCAGCACCACCUUGCUCUGAACACUGGUAAUUCCAGGUGCUGCGCUUGGCAGAGGAGUUCGCCAAAGCGUAUGUGUGUGUGUGUGUGUGUGAGUGUUGUGUGUGUCCUUUGCGUGGCCGGGCGUGGCUGCCUUGCUCAGGCAUCAGCAGGACAUGUGUGAAUAGUUAGUUACAGUGCUUCCAAACUGGAACUCUACAUUUUGUAUCUUACUUUUAAAGCUCCUAUAAGUAAAAUAACUAUUGGCUUUAUUAAAAAUAUACAUUUAAUAAUA